UCCGAAAUCUGAACAGAACUUAACAUUUUCUUGUUAUGCGAUUCUAAAAUACUGAAAAAUUCUUAAUAGCUCUCCUUCUGAUUCCAGCCUAGGAUCAAACUACAUGCGGAAUCUAGGGUAUUGACACAGCUAUUCCAAAGGCUGGAGUUAUAUCCUUCUCAUAAACCUUUGCAAAACUAGACUAUAACAGCAUUCUGCUUUUAUUCUAACAUUGCCAUUCUCAAACUCCAGUCCCAUUCAUAACUCUCUCCUCUCUGCCACUCUCACAUUGUUUCAACAGUUUCUGCACAGCCUGCUCGUCUAAACUUGGCCUCAGUCCAAAGCCUCUUGGAGCUUUACAGAGUUCCAGGAGAUCAGAAGCACAGUUACGUUUCGUAUGUUGUGAAAUCGUCAGUCUCUGUGUCUCACUGCAGCAAGAAUGGCAGAAGCAAAUAUUAUGGUAGCAGAGGACCAGUUUAGCUGCCCAGUGUGUCUCGAGAUAUUGAAGGAUCCAGUCACUACAGCAUGUGGACACAGUUACUGUAUGGGGUGUAUUAAGAACUGCUGGGAUCAGACUGAUCAUACAGGUGUCUACAGCUGCCCCCAGUGCAGAGAGACCUUUACCCCAAGGCCUGUUCUGCGCAGAAACACUGUGCUGACUGAAGUUGUGGAGAAAUUAAAGAAGACAAGGUGUAAACCUCCUCCUGUUCAAACUUAUGCUGGACCUGGAGAUGUGCCAUGUGAUUUCUGCACUGGGAGAAAGUUCAAAGCUGUGAAAUCCUGUUUGACGUGCCUGGCCUCUUACUGUGAAACACACGUCAAGCCACACUAUGAGGGUGCUGCUUUCAAGGGGCACAAGCCGAUCAAUGCAAUUGGAAAUCUGGAGCAGAAGCUUUGUGCAGAACACCAAAAGGUUUUGGAUGUCUACUGUAGAAGAGAUCAGAAGUGUAUUUGUGUGUUAUGUACUGUCAAGGAACACAAGAGCCAUGCUACAGUCUCAGCUGAGAAAGAAAGGACUGGAAAACAGAAGCAGCUGGGAGAGACACAGACAGAAAUACAACAGAGAAUCCAGGAGAGACUGAAAGAAACUGAGGAGCUGAAACAGGCUGUGGAGUCACUGAAAAGAUCUGCAUGCAUAGAAAUAAAGGAAAGUGAGAAGAUCUUUACAGAGCUGAUCCGAUCCAUUGAGAAGAUCCACACUGAAGUUAUUGAGCUGAUUGGAGCUAACGAGAAGGCUGCAGUGAAUGAGGCUGAAGGACGCAUGAAGAAACUGGAGCAGGAGAUUGCUGAGCUAAGGAGGAGAAACGCUGAGCUGAAACAGCUUUCAAAGACAGAGGAUCACAUCCAUUUUCUACAGAAUUUCCAGUCUCUCUGUGCCCCUCCUGAAGCUGGAGACUUACCCAGCGUUACUUUCAAUACAGACAUCUCUUUUGGGGCUGUGAGGAAAGCUGUAUCUGAAAUUAAAGACCAUAUUGAGGACUUCUGCAAGGGUGGAUUAAGCAAAAUAACCAAAACAGUGAAUGAAAUAGCAGUUUAUACACUGGGGUCUAGGAGCAGUGACAGACGUUUAAAAGUGAAUGAAGUUGCAGUUUACAGCAUGCAGGCUCCAGAGCCAAGGAACAGAGCUGAGUUUAUAAAAUAUUCCUGUCAGCUUACACUGGACCCCAACACAGCGUAUAGAAAGCUCUGUCUGUCUGAAGGGAACAGAAAGGUGGAAUGCAGGAGCGAGACCCAGCCAUAUCCUGAUCACCCAGAGAGGUUUGACAGCUGGGCCCAAGUACUUUGCAGAGAGGGUUUGUCUGGGACACGCUGUUACUGGGAGAUUGAGUGGAGUGGGAGAGGGGCUAAUAUAGGAGUCACAUAUAAAGGAAUCAGCAGGGAAGGAAGGGGUCAUUCCUGUGCUCUUGGACGUAAUGACAAGUCCUGGAGUUUGUUCUGCUCAGGUUCCAGUUACACUGCUUGGCACAAUAACAAUCACACUAUAAUCACUGACCCACGCUCCCCCAGAAUAGGAGUGUAUCUGGACUUUAAUGCCGGCAUUCUGUCAUUUUAUGGAGUCUCUGACACAAUGACCCUCCUGCACAGAUUCCAAACCACAUUCACUGAGCCGCUCUAUCCUGGGCUUGGACUUUAUUGGGGUUAUGAUUUCCCUGGGUUUAGGGUUUGGAGUUAUGAUUCCACUGUAACAAUCUGCCAGCUGAACUAGACUGUUUUGUGUUUUAAGAAAAACCUUUGUAUUGAACUCCCUGUCUGUCCUCUCCACUCCUCGGGUGAAGGAAUGUUCAAUCUGACACAAUUUUGUAGGAAAGUUAGGGGGUAAAAUGGCAGCACUCUGUCAGGUUAGUGUUUUUGUAAUUGUAAACACUCACAAAUGGACUGGUGUUUCAACAUAAAAUGCUUAGUAUGUCCAGAGUAUUUAUUGAUUACAAAUACAUAAAUAGCAGCAAGUGGCAGACUUAGCUGGCAUCUCUACACAGUGCUAGAAUUUCCACAGCAAGGACUGAUAAGUAUCUCUUAAGGUGAGAGUAGCUCACUAAAUAAUUCCACUAUAUAUAUAUACAGUAUAUAUAUAAUUACUAUAUUGCACUUCCAUUGGCUACAUAGGUCUCAAAUGUGCAGGUCUGAAAAGCAUGAGCUCUGGUGCUACUUGAGGUUAAAGAAAGUGCUCAGUUUCUAUGACUUAUUCUCAGGGUGCAUGUUUACUAUAGCAGGUGUUUCUUUCAACACUGCACAUUUGAGACCUAUAUAAUGAAUGGAAGUGCACAGCAGCUGAGAUUCAUGGGAUUAUUUUGUCAGCUCCAAUCCCUAUCUAUGUGAGGUCGUGUAAAUAGCAGCUCACAAUACUUGCCAUGUCAAAAGCAUGUCAGUAUAGUUUCUAGCAGAUCCCUGUAUAAAGUAGAAUCCUGUUAGCUGAAUAGCGUUUGAACUUGAUGCUGAAGUUUAUGGUAACACUUUAUAUGAAAGUGUCUUUUUCAAAUAGCUUAUUAACACAUUAUAGAUGCUUACAAUAUGAGUUGUAUGGUCUUUAUAAUGCAUUAUAGAACAAGUAAUACAGGGCAGUAACAGCAUUUACUAAUGUGUUAUAAAUACUUAAUAGAUGAUAGAAGAAAUCUGUAAUAAAAUAUAAAACUGUAUAUUAGCUGUAACAAAUCAGGACAAAUCACAUUAAACACAAAUGAUUUUCACUUCGUUAUAUGGGUCAUUUAUUUUGCAUUUGGGGCAGCAGUGUGGAGUAGUGGUUAGGACUCUACUCCACACUGCUACUCCACUCUGGACUCUUGACCGGAGGGUCGUGGGUUCAAUCCCAGGUGGGGGACACUGCUGCUGUACCCUUGAGCAAGGUACUUUACCUAGAUUGCUCCAGUAAAAACCCAACUGUAUAAAUGGGGAAUUGUAUGUAAAAAUAAUGUGUAAAAAAUAAUGUAAUUGUAUGUAAAAAUGAUAUCUUGUAUCAAUUGCAAGUCG